CCCUCCCCUGGCGGCGGCGGCGGCGGGCGCGGCUGGCGGCGGCCCGAGGCGCGCGCGCGGGCGGGCGGGACGGAUCAUGGCGGACGGCGUGGACCACAUCGACAUCUACGCCGACGUGGGCGAGGAGUUCAACCAGGAAGCUGAAUAUGGUGGGCACGAUCAGAUYGAUCUGUACGAUGACGUAAUUUCUCCAUCUGCAAAUAAUGGAGAUGCUCCAGAGGAUCGGGACUACAUGGAUUCCCUCCCACCUUCAGUUGGUGAUGAYGUAGGUAAAGGAGCUGCACCAAAUGUUGUCUAUACAUAUACUGGAAAGCGAAUCGCCUUGUACAUUGGAAAUCUUACCUGGUGGACGACAGAUGAAGACUUGACAGAAGCAGUUCAUUCAUUGGGAGUAAACGAUAUUUUGGAAAUAAAGUUUUUUGAAAAUCGGGCUAAUGGCCAGUCUAAAGGGUUUGCCCUUGUGGGUGUGGGAUCAGAAGCAUCCUCCAAAAAACUGAUGGAUUUGUUACCUAAGAGAGAAUUGCAUGGGCAAAAUCCUGUUGUAACUCCAUGUAAUAAACAGUUCUUGAGUCAGUUUGAAAUGCAGUCAAGGAAGACCACGCAAUCUGGUCAGAUGUCCGGGGAAGGAAAAGCUGGUCCCCCCGGUGGAAGCUCACGUGCAGCUUUUCCACCRAGUAACAGAGGACGAGGCCGUUUCCCGGGUGCUAUCCCAGGUGGAGACAGAUUCCCUGGACCUGCAGGGCCCGGAGGACCACCACCACCUUUCCCAGCUGGACAAACUCCCCCGCGUCCACCCCUAGGUCCUCCAGGCCCGCCAGGCCCACCGGGCCCUCCACCUCCCGGUCAGGUCCUUCCUCCUCCGCUCGCCGGGCCUCCGAACCGCGGUGACCGUCCGCCGCCACCCGUUCUCUUCCCGGGACAGCCUUUUGGUCAGCCGCCCCUCGGGCCGCUUCCUCCCGGCCCCCCGCCACCAGUCCCAGGCUAUGGGCCUCCGCCAGGCCCCCCGCCACCUCAGCAGGGUCCACCGCCACCCCCAGGCCCCUUUCCCCCUCGGCCUCCUGGCCCUCUGGGGCCRCCCCUGACUCUGGCUCCUCCUCCGCACCUCCCCGGGCCGCCGCCAGGUGCCCCCCCACCCGCACCGCACGUGAAUCCAGCCUUCUUCCCCCCACCCGCCAACAGCGGCAUUCCCACUUCGGACAGCCGCGGGCCGCCGCCRACCGACCCCUACGGCCGCCCUCCACCCUAUGACAGAGGUGACUAUGGGCCCCCUGGCAGAGAAAUGGAUGCUGCCAGGACACCUCUGAGUGAAGCAGAAUUUGAAGAAAUCAUGAAUAGAAAUAGGGCGAUCUCAAGCAGUGCCAUUUCAAGAGCUGUAUCAGAUGCCAGUGCUGGGGAUUAUGGAAGUGCUAUAGAGACGUUGGUGACUGCGAUCUCCUUAAUUAAACAGUCCAAAGUAUCGGCUGAUGAUCGUUGUAAAGUACUUAUUAGCUCUCUUCAGGAUUGCCUUCAUGGAAUUGAGUCCAAGUCUUAUGGUUCUGGAUCCAGAAGACGUGAACGAUCCAGGGAGAGGGACCACAGUAGGUCAAGAGAGAAAAGUAGGCGCCACAAAUCACGUAGCAGAGACCGUCACGAUGACUAUUACCGGGAACGGAGCCGUGAGCGAGAGAGGCAUCGUGACCGUGACAGAGACCGCGACAGGGAACGUGACAGAGAGCGAGAGUAUCGUCACCGUUAGAGAAGCUGAAGGAAGAGGAGCGGCGUGCAAGACAAGAACCGUUCUUCACGGCAAGAUGCUUGGCCAGCAGUUUGCUUCAUGUGAUUGAACUGAGCCUGUAAGGAUUCAUGGAUAAAAUGAACAGGAAUAGAUCUGAAUAAAGCAAAUCUGCAUACAUGGUAACCAGUAGCUCUUUUACUUUUUUAUGUUGCUUAACUGUUUUAUUUGAGGGAAACCUGUGUGAUUUAAACCUUAUAGCUUUUUGCAACUUUAUUACUGGUUAUAUACCUUUGGCAAUUAUAAUGUGCAAGCAAUUGGAGAAAGUCACGUAAAUGCUUGUUUUUAUAGUAGUUUGUUCUUGUUAAAAUGUUCAUAUGAUAAUGUCUGUACACAGCACCACUUUGAUUACAAUAGAUGUAGUGUUGUAAUAAACUGUUUAAUGGGGCUGAUGUGUAAAGCUGUUCAAGUUAUUUGAUGUUUACACCUCAGGGAAAGUCUUGUGUUCAGCAAUAUUUAACGAUAAUGUUACAAUGAAAACAUUGAUGCUGUCUUUAAAAAAAAMCAUCGCAAUAGUUCUUGCAUAUGCCUCAAUCUAACCUUGCAUUCAGCGAGUUAAACAUACUCAUGUUGCUCUCAGACAUUCAAUUUUGAUACGAAAAUAGGUGGUGACGCAGAGUCUUUAAUGCUCUUUUGUUUUCUAGCAGUUUUUACCUAGGUGGCUUGUGAAUUUGCUAAAUGACGUAUAAAACUGUAAAAACAGCAGCUCUGCGGUGCAAAUUCUCCCUUUAGAGGAGAGGUGCCCCUGGGUUCACGGCUGACAGCUGAAGGUUGCAUCUCUUGUAUCACGUUGAUCUUGAUGGACACUACAGUUUAUAUUAACUUAAACUGUUCAUAUUUCGAGGGGUAACGAUUAGCUUUAAAACAACAUCUGCAGUUGUUUACAGUUUUAUAGCAAUGGCGCUUGUGGGGSAGAGUUGGUUUUUUACCCCUUCUCUCCCCUUUUUCCUCCCUUCCCAAAGGCCCCAGACAGCCUGUACAUAGUUUGUAUAUUAGAAAUGGGACGGAAGAAACCAGUUGUGUCCAAUUUUUGGAUUUUUUUCCUCUCCCCAGAGUAAUGGGCUUGGUUUUUGCUUAACGCUGAGGUCUAUUCGCACAGCCAUUGGAGAGGUGCACUCGGGUGUCUUGGUUCAGCGAUGGGCAAUAUUUACCUGCCUUAGCCAAAAGCGCCACUAACUAAAUCUGUCAAAUAAGGUUUUGUAAAUUUACCAAAAAACAACCUGUUGGGGCUUAAGAGAAAGUUAGAUUCAGAUUACCAGAAUUCGCUUUAGAUCCCAUUGAGUGCAAGAUACACGAGGGGACCGUUUGCAUCGUUUGCCAAACGUCACGUUCCUGGUAGCCUUGCACAAAGGCUCCCACCCAUGCAGCCUGCUCCGUGUUUGGAGCUGAGUUGCAAGACCUCACGUGGCUUCAGAGGCAACUCUAGGGCAGCUCUAGAUUUUUUUUUUUUUUUUUAAUUUUUAUUAUUAUUUUUUCUUACUGACUCAAAGAUUUUUACGCUUGACCUAAAAUAUGGCACCCCAUUCAGAAAAGCACUUAAAUCCACUUGGUUUUUCUGAGGGCGUUUCAGAGCAUGUGCUUAAAUGCCAUAGAGUUUAAGGAAACUUAAUAUAUGCUUUAAAUAAUGUAUAAGUAAGUGAUUUUUUUUUUUUUUUUUKCUUUACUGAGCUGGGACCAGGAGUAGCCUGUGCAACUGCCAAAGUUUUUCCCAAGUUUGAAAUGCUCUGAUAUUUUUGUCACUUGUCAUUCAGCCCCAUGUCCUGGAGACAGGCUGAUUUUGUUGGACUUGGCUACAACCUUCAGACCCCCCCCCCCAACACACACACACUUUUUUUUUUUCUUCCCCUUAAAUUGUGUACCUUGAGUUCUCAUGCAUGGGAUCACUGGUGUUUACUGAACUAUUUGCUACUGAGAAAGUAUUUGAAAUGUUUGUUUAAUCCUGUUUGAAAAAUGAAAACUGCCUUUUAAAAUUUUGUAUACUGAAAGUUGUAUCAAAGAAGUCAUGACUAAUUUCCUGCUUUUUGUGAAUAGGUGUUGGUUACAAACAGUACUGUUGUAAUUUUCUUUUUUUUUUAACUUAAAAACUUUGUUCACUGCUGGGCAUAAUAAGUUUAACGGAAGAAAAAACCUGCUGUUACAUGGGGAAUAACUAAUACUGAAGGGGCAUCAGGUAAGUAUUCAUCCACUUUGCAGACCAAUCUUAAAAUAAAAUUUAAAAAAGUAAAUUUAAAAGCAUUUUACGCAGGAACUGAUAUUUUACUCAACAUAAUAGAUUUAAGGAGAGAUGUUGUUUUACAUAGCGGGUAAUUUCUCAUUCAUGUACAGCUUUCCAUUGCUGGCAAUGGAAGUAGCAGGGAGACCACAACGUAAAUUAAACUGAGAGAUGGUUGUGGCUUGGGCGAUGAAGCCCCGGGAUGAAGCCCCUCAUUUCCCCCCUAUUCUCCGAAGUUUUAGUUGGAGCUGAUAGCUCUGUCAUCUGG